AUGUCGUUCCGUCAUUUGCUGCUGGCUCUGCUGCCAUGCACCGUCCUGGCCAGUUGGCGAGUUGACGGCCAUAACUCAAUCAAGAAGAUUUUGGAGGAGAAACACAGCCAGUCCCGGCGCAGUGUCUAUCGCCGCCAGAGCACCGGCAACUAUCAACACUUGAACGACAAGACCGAAAAGUACCUCGUCAACGGGACAUCGAUUCCGUUGGUUGACUGGGACCUUGGAGAGUCUUAUGCUGGUUUGAUGCCCAUCUCGAAAGAGUCAAACGAGACACGCAAGUUGUUCUUCUGGUACUUCCCUACCACUAACGAGAAAGCCUCCGACGAAGUGGCUAUCUGGUUAAACGGAGGCCCGGGAUGCAGUUCUUUCAUUGGCCUUAUUCAGGAGAAUGGCCCCUUUACUUGGUUUCCUUCUGCCUACCGCCCCGUCUACAACAUCUUCAGUUGGUCUCAGCUAUCCAACGUUCUUUGGGUUGAUCAGCCUGCUGGCACCGGCUUUUCCGUCGGCUCCCCAAACGCCGACACUGAAGAAGCGAUUGCUCAGCAGUUCCUAGGCUUUUACGACAACUGGAUGGACACUUUCGGGACCAAGGGACGCAAGACAUUUCUCACCGGCGAGAGUUACGCCGGCCACUAUAUCCCCUACAUUGGCGACGCCAUGAUCAAGUCCACACAGUCCGCCGACUACAACCUCUCUGGCGCUUUGAUGUUUAGCCCUUACAUCAGGACUGCGCCAGACAACUUCCAGCAGAACGCAGUCAGCUUACCGUUCGUGGACGAAUACAACAACGUCAUGGGGUUGUACCCCGGCGUUGGAGACUACUACGACCGCAUCAAAACCGCCGACGAGGAAUGCGGCUUUGCUGAGCUGCGCGAGAAGCACUUCAAGUUCCCCCCUUCAGGCCCCUUCCCCGCCGGAAACGAAAGCGAUGCGUGCUUUGUCUCUGACAUUGUCUACGAGGGUCUCUCAUAUGUUAGCCCCUGCUCCAAUGUUUACCACAUCUCUCAGGGCUGCCCCAACCCUUCGGACCCCCUCAUAUGGGCCCAGGACGGCGACAACGCCAGUGUUCCCGUCAGUUUCGAUAAGAAGACCUGGCACGGGUAUCUGAACCUCCCCGAGAUGCGCAAGGCCCUCCACAUCCCCACGGAUCAGAAAGACUGGCAAGAGUGCACUAACGACAAUCCUUUCGGGCCCAACGGCGACCAGAGCGCGGAUCCUUUCGCCUCAGGCGCCCUUUCGCGCGUGAUUGAGCACACGAACAACUUCAUCAUUGGCAGCGGCAGCCUUGACUACCGCGUCCCGACGAACGGUACUCUACUUGUGCUGCAGAACAUGACCUGGAACGGACACCAGGGUUUCGACGAGUUCCCCUCCAAAACGUUCUUCCUUCCUACGGCGUGGAGUGAUUUGUCUUCCCAGAGCGCUGCAGGAAAGAUUGGUGACUGGGUCGAACAAAGAGGGUUAACUUUUGCUCGCGUCUUCCUUGCCGGACAUGAACUUCCCAGGUACGCUCAGGGAGGAGGUUAUCGUCUCUUGGAGCGCCUUCUCAACCGCAUCCCUGACUUGACCAGCGAUGUCUUCUUUUCCGCCCUCCCGGGUGACUUCACGAACCCCAACGAGACUCAUCACUCUACGUCCCACUGA